AUGGCGGCGACCGGCUGCGCGGAGGGCGCAAGCGACAGCUCUGCGCUGUGGGCCGAGGUGCGAGCGCUGCUCCCCCGCGCCGAGGAGGGUCUGACCUUGGCGCUGAGCGGCGACGUGGAGGACUGCGUCCUGCCGCUACUGCGACGGGCCCGCGCGCUUCUUUACGGCUCGGCGGACCGGCCCGCGGCCGCAGCGGCAGCGGGGCUGGAGCGCCUCAGCGACGUCCUGCGCGACUAUUCCUGGGAGAAGCUGAACGCGGGGCCGUGGAGGGAGAUCGGCAAGGGCUGGCGCCAGGUCUACGCCUACGGCUGCCUCUUCGGGGCGCUGGCCGAUGUGGCCGCGGGCCGCCCGCUGGCGCGCGCCGUGCGGCUCUGCGACCUGGGGCUGCUCAUGGGCGCCGCGGUCCUGGACAACGUCCUGGCGCGCCUGGUGCGCGCGCUGCAGACGCACCUGCCCCGCGCGGCGCCGCGCGCCGAGGGAGCGCCUGCGGCCCGCGAGCCGCCCUCGCGCCCCGGCCUUCCUCGCGCUGCCCCGCGCGGGGCUGCUGAGGGGGAGCGUCCGCUCCUGAGCGGCCGGCUGCAGCCGCCGGCCCCCGCGCCGCGGCCGGAGGAGGCGAUUCCGCACCUUCGCUGCCCUUCGCUGGAGCACUUCAGAGAAAACUACCUCGUUCCCCAGCGGCCCGUGGUCCUGGAGGGUGUCAUGGACCACUGGCCGUGUAUGAAGAAGUGGAGUGUGGACUAUUUCUGUCAAGUCGCAGGGUGCCGCACCGUCCCCGUGGAGUUGGGUGCCCGGUACACAGAUGAGGAAUGGUCUCAGCAGCUCAUGACUGUCAGUGACUUCAUCAGCCGGUAUAUCAUGGAUGAGAACAAUGUAGGAUACCUUGCCCAGCACCAGCUUUUUGAUCAGAUCCCAGAACUGAAAGAAGAUAUUAGUAUCCCUGACUACUGUUGCUUGGGGGAAGGGGAAGAAGAUGACAUCACCAUUAAUGCUUGGUUUGGUCCAGGAGGCACAAUCUCACCUCUUCAUCAGGAUCCCCAGCAAAAUUUUUUAGCCCAGGUAUUUGGAAGAAAGUAUAUCCGUCUCUAUUCACCACAAGAUUCAGAAAACCUGUACCCCCAUGAAAGCCAAAUUCUUCACAACACAAGUCAGGUUGAUGUAGAAGAUCCAGACUUGGUCAAGUUUCCAAACUUCACAAAGGCUGCAUUUCAGUCCUGCAUUCUGAUGCCUGGACAGAUUCUGUUUAUUCCAGUAAAAUAUUGGCAUUACGUGCGAUCGCUUGAGCUCAGCUUCUCUGUUAGUUUCUGGUGGUCAUAGCUCUGGAAUGGGAAUUAAAAAUCAGGGAAGUAGCAUCUCUCUCUCAGGAGAGGUUAGAGGUGGAGCAAAACCAAAAACCAACAAACUCUUGCUGAAGCAUGGAGAAUUAGUCACAAUGGGUAAGUGGAAAGAUGAUGCUGUAGCCACUUCAUUUUUGUAGAUGUUUCUAGUAACUCCUAAAGAGCAUAUUAUUAGGUCAUUGCCUUGUGUGUGCAUCCCUCAGAAACAGCCUGUGUACAGGCACUGCCAGGGCUCUGCCUGAGAUAUCAGGUCAGUGUUAUCUUCUACUUGGAUUCAGUAACACUAAACCCUAGAGUUAACUAGAGAGAUGGUGCUACCUAAAGGUUCAAUCCAUUAAAAAAUUAAGCUAACACCAAGCAAGGUACUGGUCUCUUGCAUGGAAAAAGUUAACUCAUGUCCUGGUUCUGGCCAGGAUGGGUUAAUUUCUGCAGUAGCCAGGAGGGGCAUGGCCCAGACCCAGAAGUUAUUCUGUACCUCAGCCUGCCACAGCUGGGUGCUGAGGGCAGGCAGGGCCUCCUUGUUCUCUUAGUGAUUGAAUCUGUGUGAAUCUUUUGUCUCUUUUGUACACUUCGUUAUUGAUAUUGUUGCUAUUACUGCUCAUUUUCUUAUUCCAUUGCUGUUUCCAGUAAAUUGUUCUUACUGCAA